AAUGUACCGAGAAGCGUUAGUCGGUAUAUGAUAAGAACGUGACGCCUCCGCACACCGCAGGCUGCCUUCCUCCCGUCUCUCCUCCCUUCCUGUUUUCGGCAGGCAUGUGACUCUCCUGUAACAGAGCAGCUGACUGGCACUUCAUAACUUCCUCCUCGGGGGAUUUCGCUGGGUUCCGAUCCGUGCGAUGAACUAGAUCCGGGCUGUCAUUCUCUGCAGUGAUGGACCGUCCGGGCCGCUUCGUGUCUUGGAACCGCUUGCUGUUGCUGCUGCUUGUCGGGAUUUCGGGGUCACCACUUGUGGAGGCGAGGGGGGCGUCUCGCAAGCCUAACGUGGUGCUGAUCUUGACUGAUGAUCAGGAUGUCUCGCUCGGUGGCAUGACGCCCUUAAAGAAGACAAAGGGGUUGAUUGCCGAUCGAGGGAUAACGUUUCCUAACGCAUACGUUGCCAGUGCCCUGUGCUGCCCCAGCCGGUCCAGCAUCCUGACGGGGAGAUACCCCCACAAUCACCAUGUGGUUAAUAAUACCAUAGAGGGCAACUGCAGCAGUAAGGCCUGGCAGAAGACCCAGGAGCCAUACACGUUCCCCGCUCUGCUGAACUCCAUCGGCUACCAGACGUUCUUUGCCGGCAAAUAUUUAAACCAGUAUGGAGUGGAGAAGGCAGGCGGGAUCAGCCAUGUGCCACCAGGCUGGAGUUAUUGGUACGCUUUGGAGAAAAAUUCAAAGUAUUAUAACUACACGCUUUCAAAGAAUGGCAAAGCACAAAGUCAUGGGGGAAACUACACUUUGGAUUACUUGACAGAUGUUUUGGCCAAUAUAUCCCUGGACUUUUUAAGCUAUAAAUCCAACUAUGAGCCAUUCUUCAUGAUGAUUGCAACGCCUGCUCCUCACUCUCCAUGGACAGCGGCACCCCAGUAUGAGAAGUCCUUCCUCAAUGUCAGUGCACCCAGGAGCAGCAACUUCAAUGUUCAUGGCAAGGAUAAGCAUUGGUUAAUCAGACAAGCCAAGACGCCAAUGAGCAAUACAUCCAUACAGUUCUUGGACAAUGCAUUUCGGAAGAGAUGGCAAACUCUUCUCUCAGUUGAUGACCUUAUCGAAAAACUUUUGAAGGAACUAGAGGCCCGUGGUGAGCUUGAGAAUACUUAUGUCUUCUUCACAUCGGACAACGGAUACCACACAGGUCAGUUCUCUUUGCCAAUAGACAAAAGACAGCUGUAUGAGUUUGAUAUAAAGGUGCCGCUGCUGGUACGAGGGCCUGGGAUUAAGCCCAACCAGAUAUCCAAGUCGCUUAUUGCAAACAUUGACCUGGGUCCAACCAUUCUGGAUAUUGCUGGAUAUAACCUGAAUAAGACCCAGAUGGAUGGAAUGUCAUUCCUACCAAUUUUGAAGGAUGCCAGUAACGUGACCUGGAGAACUGAUAUUUUGGUGGAAUACCAAGGGGAAGGCCUUAAUGUGACAGAUCCAACAUGUCCGAACCUGGGCCCCGGUGUUUCUCAAUGUUUCCCAGACUGUGUUUGCGAGGAUUCAUACAAUAACACGUAUGCAUGCGUGAGAACUAUCGCAGAAUCCUACGACUUGCAGUACUGUGAGUUUGAUGAUGCAGAGGUGUUUGUAGAAGUGUAUAACCUGACGGCAGAUCCAAACCAGCUGACUAACAUUGCUAAAUCCAUAGACCAGGAAAUCCUGGAGAAGAUGAACCAUCGGCUUAUGAUACUUCAGUCUUGUGUGGGUGCAUCAUGUCACACACCAGGAGUGUUUGACCCAAGGUAUAGUUUUGAUCCCAGGUUGAUGUUUAAGGAUCAGGGUGCACAAGAUCAAGCAUUCCGCAGAAAGUCUUUGAAAUUGCCCCAAAUCUGACCGGGAAGAAUUUCAUCCUGAAGAUCAUCUCUUAAAUGAAGUACACGAGCUUGUGUGUGUGUGUGUGUGUAUGUAUGUAUGGAGACUUCAGUAAGCUGAUUUAUUUUCCAUCAUUUCUGUGCAGGAUCUAAUCAGUAGUUGCCGAUCAUGUGAAAUAUAUCUAAUUUUUAACACUCUGGAAAGUUGCCAUGGAACUUGUUCUCUUUGAUUUUUUGAGCGGCAUUGUAUCUGGGUCGUAUGUGGUGGGUUACUUUUACCACUGCGAAUAUACUUAAAAAAAAAAAAAAAAAAAAAAAAGCAUAUUGUUUUCUGUGAUAAAGGGUAAUAUCAAUGGUAUGAACCUUUUUCAAACGGCAAUGAAAAAAAAAUAUAAAACAAGAUAUAAGAUUUAACAUAUAUAUUUGCAAACUAAGGAUGACAAUUUGACCUAUCAUCAUAAAAAAAUCCCAGUCAGUAAGAUGAUUUGUCUUGGGAUACAUGUUCAUGUCUGAAAAUACUAUAUUUUCUUAAUUCUUUAACCACAAUGUGAAUUUAAAUGGUGGUACAUUACCAUCCAGCCCUAGUACCCCGUUAUCAGAGGUGUGCAGUAAAAUAUACCUAUAUGAAGCCUGUUACAUCCCAGUAGCUUAUAUCCCAGCAUACAGUUUCUUUGUUACUUGAAAUUUUAUAAUGUGGCGAGUUCCAAAGAAGCUGGUAUGUGUGAUAUUUACUUAAAACAUAGUAACUUUUGGGGCCAGGUGCUAUUAAUUAUGGAAUACAAACAAAUCUCCAGAUGUAUUCAAAUAUCUUGAGGAUCACAUCAGGAGGAUGUUCUUGGAUAGGAAUCAGGAGACUUCUUGGACUUUCAUAUCAUUAUUAAAUACAAGAGGGUCUCUUUUUUAGUACCAUAACGUCUAGUUGUGCUUCUGUCCCGCUUGUUAACAAGCUGCCGGUGCAGUAAUUGGUACGGAACUUUAGACAAUACAGUAUUAUGGGGUAUUCUCACACUUAAUUUUUUAACUAGUGGAACUGUAGAAUUACAUAAAAUGGGCUUGUGCUGUUGCCAUAAUGGAAGCAAAUGUGAAGCAAUAGCAAUUUACAAAAGAUUAUAGCUUAAAAAUAUGAAAACACUUUAAAAAAUCUAAUUAUAAUAAUGCAGCUUCGUGCUUAUACUUUUCUGAAUAAAUCUAAAGCCACGUACCAAAGUGAGGAAAAUUAAAACCCGUUUUUGGUAUUGCAAUCACAUACUGAACACAACAUAGAAAAACAUAACUAAUUUUCACAGUGCACGUUUUUAAUUCAUGUUAAAAAAAAAUGUUUCGGCACAUUUGAAUAUCUCGUUUAACAUUUCAGUGCCCUCUGGCAUUGAAUGGGCUUGUGGUACUUUAGUUCACUAUAAUUCAAUAUUUUUUUUCCCCUGAAGAUGUAUUUUUUAUGUAUUAACUGUUGAAGCCCCUUUGUUUUGAUUCAUCUGAUAACUAUUAAACAUGUAUGUAAUAUUUUUAUGAUAGGUGCAAUCAGAUAUAUCAUGUAGUCACAAGUAACGAGGUAUGGUGGAAAAUGGACCAUAGUAGUUAUGUUUCACGGUAGGUUAAUGGACAGUUGCUAACUUUGACCCAAACAAGCAAAAACAUGUGGAUAGGGCUCAAAGUGAUACUACUGUACCAACGCCCAUCAUAUCUAGCGCUUUACACAUUUCCAAAGCUGUGAUUGGUGGAUAAAAAUCAAAAUGGCAGCUUUUAUGUUGAAGCUGAGAUUGAUACAGUGUUCCAUGGAAGGGCAAGAUUGCUUUUCUGAUAAACUAAUCUAAAUGCCUCAGGGCUAAAUGAUUUUCAUUAUUAUGGUUGUUCGAACCCUUCAAAAUUAACCCACUUAUUGUAGACUCUAUCCCCAAAAUGAAAAUGGGGAAAGGGAGAAUAUUGCACUGGUCUUUUUAAGCUGCUCGAUAAUAAUUCUGAAUUACCUAAAAUUGAUUGUUUUUGCUUUCUAUGCUGUUUUUUUAUGUAUGAUCCGCAGAUGUUGUGUAAUUUGCUUUAUGUGGUAUGAUUUAACAAUUUUGUUAGUGAAGUGCCCUUUAACUGACCCUGUUCACUGCUGCACUUUUCAAUAAAAGAGGAUUAUUUGCG